UGAGCCUGCAGAAAAAAAUAGUGUGAUGUCACCGGUGGUGGACGAGACAGCCGGGGACCUACCAGUUAGAGAUGUGGGGAUGAUGAGAGGAGGAUUGAUGCCCACCUUCCCAGAUACCCUUCGUGACGUGAAACCAUGGAAGAAGCAUCACAAUUCAAAGAUGAAAGCAGACCCUCAGCGGCUGUUUCGAUUUCCCAGAGAGCAUCUGGAGGACCUGUGUCUGCGUCUGCAGGAGGAGAACAGUUUGCUCAGACAACACGCACGGACACAGGAGCAGCGACUCCGCAGGAUGUCCACAAAGCUGAUGCGUCUUCGUCAGGCCCGUCCGGGGUCCGGUCCUGUCAAGGACAGGGACAUGGAGGAAGCCAUCCAGGAACUGGAGGCCCGGGUAGCGAUGUUAGAGAGUCAAAAGGAGGUGCUGCAGAAUAAACUCAGCAUGGCCAAGCAGCACAUCCUGGACCUCGGGGCUCACAUGCCUUACAGAUACAGCAAAGGUAAAAACCCAGAGGGGGAGGCAGGAGUCAGGAGGGCAGCCCGGACUGCUCCUGCACGAUACGGCCUCACACUGGAAGAAACCAGAGCAGAGAUGGAAAGAUUGUAGGUGGACGUUAUGACGGACCAGGCGAGGAUGACAGAACUGGAGCUGACAGCUCAGAAUCUCAGAGACACUCUGAGAGAGAGAGAGAAAGAGAUGGAGGGAACAUUCAGAGAGCUGAGGAAGCAACAUGCUGACAGACACAGAACAACUAUCCGAGAAAAUGUGGAUCUGAUCCGUCUGCAAAAGCAGCUCUCAGAGAAGAGUACAGCCCUGAGAGUGAGCCAGGAGAAGUUUGCAGACCUGCAGGAGGCAUAUGAGAAUCAGCUAGAGGAGAGUCAGAGGGUGCUAAGGGAAAGUCAGGGCGCUCUGUUGCAGAAAGUGGAGGAGCUGACUGAACAACUGAAGCAGGAGAGACAAAAAGCUCUGACACUAGAGGGACAGCUCAACACCACCACUCUGUCUCUGCAGAAUCUGGACAAGCUUCAAGAGAGGAUCAUAGACCUGGAGGGAGAGAGGGAUCUGAUUAAAGAAAGCUAUGAUACUCUACUAAAGAGUACUUUGUCUACCCAGAAACCUCCUGAUCUCCAAGCUGAAACACACAGAGAGGUGCAGCAUGACAGGUUGGUGGAGAACAUCCUUGCACCAGAUCUCCACCAGAGACUGGAGGGGUUGCUGCGAGAAGAGAGGGAGGAGAGGAAAAAGCUGGAGGUGGAAAACGAGAAGCUCACAGAAGAGAAAGACAUGCUAGAGGAUCAGAGACAGCGGGACGAAGAGCUAUCUGUUUUAAUGAGAGAGAGGAAAGAGCAGCUGGAGAGAGAGGUUGAACAGUACAGAGAAAAGGUCUCUGCUCUUCAGGACAGCCUGGAUUCCAUCACUAAGGGGUUUGAUAUGAGCGUUGAGGAUCUCAGCGAAACUCUUUUACAGAUCAAGGCCUUCAGGAUGCAGCAGGAGAGCAGGGAGAGCCUGGGUUUCCUCGUGCCUGAUGGCAGGAUGGACGAUUCCUCCCCUGAGCUGAUGAAAAUCCAGGCAACCCAUGCAGAGACGGUUCUUGAGCUGCAGAAAACCAGAAACCUGCUACUGCUGGAGAACAAGAUCACCAGAGAUCUGCAGGAAGAAUUAAACAUGAUUAACCAGAAGGUGGAAAGAGAGAGGGAGGAGAGCAGGAGGAGGGUGGCAGAGAAAGACAAACUUCUAUCAAAAAGAGCUCUGCAGAUCAACACAUUACAAGCCCAGUUGAAAGAAUUGGCCUACAGCCCCAGGAAUUACAAACGGACCAUCCCAAUACAGUACACCUGGCCUGCAGGGGAUCAGGAGAUGGUCCAGCCCAUUGAGGAUGAUCUAUGCUUUUCUCAGCUUAAAUCUGGGGAGUCACUGCUGGAGAUACACCUUAAGGGAGCCACCUUCACCCCGGCUGGGCUCCGUAUCAUGACCAGCCUCCACCCGGGAGCAGGACACCAGGAGGAUUUUGUUACCUUCUGCACCUACUGCCUGUUGGACUUUGAGAUGCACUCCACCCCGCUGGUGUCAGGGAGCAGGCCAAACUACGGCUUCACAUCCCGCUACGCACUGACAGUCCGGGAUCUGGGCCGGUUGGGAGGUCAAGGGUCGAGAGUGCGGCUGGAGCUCCACCAGGCGCUUGGAGGAGUCCAAUUCGUCACCCAUGGAAGUGGCAGCAUGUCACUCAUGGGCGCUAUGGAGAAGAGAGGAGAACGAAUCUGUGGCAGUGUUAGUAUCACAGGAACUGAGGGGGGAGUUAUCAGUGUUGUGGAUUUCUGGGUGCGCCUCUUCCCUCCUGCUGAACCCAUCGUCACUGUGGAAGAGGUUGGAGCUGAAAGGAGGACAGUGACACAAAGAAGUCCGGUUCAGAUCCCACUUGGCUGGCAAGACAGUGGCCAAGAGGAGUUACAUGACUAUGGUGGUGGGAUCCCCAAUGAACUGGUGGUGAUGCUUGAGCGCUGUGUGGGCCUCAACGCUCGCUGGCCGGGACUCCUUCCAGAUGCCUACCUGACGUACCGUCUGUAUGACCUGCCGCCUCAUGUCUCACAAACGGUCCAGUGCUCAGUUGAUCCGGUGUUCAACGACGUCAGCAGUUUCCCACUGGCGGUAACAACAGAUAUAUUGCACUACCUCAGGUCUAGCAGUCUGUGGGUUUAUGUAUUUGAUGACAGCGAUGAGCAGAUACCACCAGCCUACCUGGCCAAGACGCCCAUCCCACUGAGAGCUCUAGCAACAGGCAGAGAGAUCAGAGGUGAUUACGUUCUCAGAGAUCCUGCAGGUGGACCUCGGGGAAUGGUCAGAGUCAUGCUAAAAUGGAAGUACCCAUUUCAGCCACCGGUGGAUGGUUUUAAGGAGAGAUGGGGGAUGGAGACGGGAGAGGUGGACGAGAUGAUUAAAAGCAAUAAAAAGGAAGAGGAAAGAAAGGCAGAAGCAUCACAGAGGCCGACGGCCAAGCCAAGAGCAAAGACUCGGGAUCUCCAAAACGACAAACCAGUAGCUGUGCAGAAAGAGACAGAAGCUGGGAGCUCCAGUAGGGUCAUCCUCCAGACGAUCCGCUGCCGCUCCAUUAAGGGGAAGUUCUGCCACCGAUGUAGGGAUUCAGUGUUCAGUGAACAGAAGGAAGAAGAGACGGAUGAGAGCGAGGACAGUGAAGCCCCUGAAUCUACAGCAUCCAGUUCUACACAAAGUGACAUAAUAAUCAUACCACCAAAACGAAAAAUGAGGAAGGGAGACAAGCUUAGAGUUGAGAUCCUGUCCCUGACGUUUGAACCGUCCUCCCAAGUGGUGUCGGAUCGCUCUGUGCAACGUGUUUACGUGGAAUACCGUCUCCUGGGCGUUGCCAUGGAGACGACAGAGACUCCCAUGUCUCUUCGUAAACCUGUGAACGGGGAGGAGAUUCACUACAACUUUACACGAGUGAUUUAUGUGGAUGGGUCCCAUUCAGCUCAACUAAGACAGUAUCUUUACACUAUGCUGGAGGGCACAGACCCCAACCAGGGCAGGUUAAAGUUCACAGUGGUCAGUGAGCCGAUGGACGAUGAAGAGGAGUGUGUGGAUGUCGGACACGCAUUCCUAGAUCUACAGGAACUGCUGCUCACAGGAAACGAUGUGAUUGAACAACAAAUUGACAUUGUCAGUGUGGACGAAGACCAGGAGGUGAUAGGGAAUCUGAAAGUGUCCCUGGAGGCGGCGAAAGCACUGAAUGGGAUAUACCAGGAGUUUCAGCAGAGAGUUGAAAGUAAAGCAGCAGGAAAUGAGGGAGAAGAAGAGGAAGAACAACAGGACAACAAGAAAGAUCAGAUUCAAGUACUUGAUUAUGACGAUGAGGAUGAAGAUAGUGUGUUCCACUGA